CAGUGCUGCUAUCACACACUCACACACACACACACACAGUGGCACUAUAUUUGGGAGUGAGGCAGUGAGAAACAGUUGAUGACGGAGCUGCUGGAUGUUUCUAACAAACACUGGUGACAACAAACAGCAGACGGAAACCUGAGGGAUCUGCACGUGAACUGGAAAAAUCAGCACAAAAGAUGUAACUCAGAAAGUAUUCAGACCCUCUUCACUGUUUUCUGCUCUGGUUCUGAUUGGGCUCGGAGCCCUGAAGACCACCAGACUCAGACAUGAUCCCUUAUUCUCCCUGAGGAACUGACCAAUCAGCAGGCAGGAUGAUGCCCAAGCAGCUGGCUCAGACGUCUCCAGGGAGCGUGUUGUCGCUGAGAGGGACCAGCGUCCCAGGAUCCCCCGCCGCCGCCAUCGUGGCCCGGGUGGAGGACGGGGUUAUCGGCUAUAAGGACUUGGCAGCAUUACCGAGGGACAAAGCCAUCCUGGACAUAGAGAGGCCAGACCUGAUGAUCUACCAGCCGCACUACAGCUACAGCCCUCUGGAGAGGUCCUUGUCUCCUCGCUCCAUCUCUCCUCCGCCGUCCCCAGAGAAGGAGUCCAGGGAAUGGCUGGAGAACCGUUCUCCUGGAGGUUCUUCUCCUUGUUCCACCAUCCAGACCAGCAGAACACAAAGCUCACACACACCGUCCACACCACAGACACCUAACACACCAAACACACCUCAAACACAGCCGGCUGGUACCAAGAGCACCGUGCAGCACUUCCACAGGCCAGAAAACGGCACCAACAUUUAUAAGAAGCCUCCGAUCUACAAACAAGAUGUGUCGGCCCCUCAGAUCCCUCAGGGGAAACACAUCGAGGAUCUGAUCAUCGAGUCGUCAAAGUUUCCAGCAGCUCAGCCUCCAGACCCGAACCUGCCCUCCAAGAUAGAGACGGACUACUGGCCCUGCCCCCCCUCGCUGGCAGUGAUUGAGAAGGAGUGGAAGAAGAAGGAUCAGAAGGAUGAAGAUGAGGAGGAGGAUGGAGAGCUGGAUGAUGAACUGUGGGGACUCAGAGCUCUUCAGAAACAAGAACUCAACAAGAUCCAGUCUAAUCUUGGUAAAAUCAUCCUGAAGGAAGAGCUGGAGAAGUCUUCAGCUCCUCUGAGGAGGAAAACUCGCUCACUGCCAGAUCGCAGCCAAAACACAGGGUCCAAUGCUUCCAAGUCAGUUUAUUUCCCAGCAUCCUCCAAGAGCGGCCUCUCCAGGGUGAGUACGGCUGAACAGAACCGUCCAAUCAGAGCAGAGGUUACUGAUGAAGUUGACAAACAUGUUUCUGUUUGUUUUCAGCUUCAGUCAGCAGAGUUCAGCUCGACUGAGAAGACUCCUGCAGAUCUUCAGAAUGGAGACUCCAGGAUGGACAGAGGAAACUCUCUCCCCAGCAUGUUGGAACAAAAAAUCUUCCCCUAUGAGACGCUGGUGGUGACCCACAGAGGACGGAGCAAACUGCCCCCCGGUGUGGACAGAACCAGGCUGGAGAGACACCUCUCUCAGGAAGAGUUCUUCAGCGUUUUCGGGAUGUCCAUCGAAGAGUUCGAUCAUCUCUCCCUCUGGAAGAGAAACGACCUAAAGAAGAAAGUCUGUCUCUUCUGACUCACCCCACUGGGACUGCAUCUCCCACAAUCCCCUGCUCCUCCUGGAUCCGUGCAGGAUCCUGAAACCACACAGACUCUGAACAUGAAACAUCACUAUCAGCACCGCCGCCAUCAUCGUCACAUUGAGACGCUGAGGAUGUGUCUCAGGCUUCAGGUUUGAUGUGAUUCACAGUGAAGGUUUGAAGAGAAAACACAGAGUGAGUUUAGAUUUCUGCUGCACGCACGCACGCACUCCACAGGAUUCAACGCAGAGCUGCAGAGCGCCUGUUUCAUCAGCUUCAGUUUGUAGACGUCUGUGGAAAUGUAUUUAUGACAAAAACUACUGAGUGAGCACAACAGACUUCAAGUCAGACAAAUGAGAAGCUUAGAGACACCAGAGAAGAGGACGAGCAGGACUUAACAUUUUUAUGUAAAAGAGGGCCUGACUCACUUACUGAUAGCUCUAAAAUAGCUCAUCUUUAACCCCUGUUUUCUGCCCCCUAUCAACAUCUAAUUCACAGCAUAGUGGUUAAGAUAUUCAGGCACAAAAGGCAGAAAAGUCCUCCUGCUUCAUGCAGUUCACUCCUGUUUUACGUCUGAAUGUAGAGGAAAGUUCUCUGCACCUUUACUCUGCACAGAUCUGAGCUCUGAUGCUGACAGAGCUCAGCUCUGUCCACAGAAGAAAGAUGAACUAGGAGGGACGAGGAAGCUUUUACAAGUUUAUAUACAAGAGUUUGACGUUUUAAAGAAAGCUUAUUUCCUAAAAGGAGGGCGAAAGGGGCCUGAAUUCAUCUAGUGGUGUCAGCCUUAAUAAAAUACUGAGCUGAAUUCAAAUGACCCUUUAAAGAUAAUAAAACAAUUCAGUACAAAAAUGGAACAACAAUGAACAAAUUCAAGAAGUCAUGCAGGAUUCAUGCUGUUAACUGCUGCCUUCAAACAGAGCUCAUGUACGGACACAUAGAUGCCAAAGAUUGCUUGUUCACCUCCCAGUUUUCUGUACAAAAAUGCACAUUUAAUCGUUUCUUUGUGCUUAAACAGCACACAGACACACAAAAGACAAGACAGCAAAGGUGAAGGUUGAGAUCAGGGAUAGUAAACUGGCGGUCUGGGGGCCAAAUGUGGCCCCCUCUCUCUCAAUGGGGCCUAUAAGCCCACUUCAGAUAUCAAACAAGGUAAUCAUGAAGAAAACAAGAGAAAAUUUGACAUUUCUUUUCAUGAAAGAUGUUUGAUCAUGGGUCUGUUUCUUUUCAAUAUAUAAAAAAUACAAUUUGCAGUAAUUGUCUCUACCUCUCUCAAAAUGAAGCAUUACUGAUUGAAAUGAGUACAAAUGGUAGUAAAUGAAUUUUAACACGUAAAUAUUCUGUUUAAUGCCUUAUGAAGCAUCUAAAGUGGCUUUAAUUUUGUGUUUGGCUUAUUUGCAUAUAACCCUCAGUUAGAGAAAGGACAUUCUUACAUUGACAGCAUGCACAAUGAACAUGUUUCCCCCAACUUUCUUUUUAUUAAAUUUUAAAAUUAAGACCCAACCUGACCAUAAAUAUCAAAUAUUAAUCAAUUUUUUGGAAUUCAACCCUUUAAAUGCCAAUUUAAGUGCAAAAAAAAUCAUGUUUGUAUUGUUAGAAUAUUUUUUACAUACUACAUGCAAAUUAGGUUUCCUUGAAAGGAAUUAUAACAGCCGUGAUAUGUUAAUAAUGAGCUUAGAUCAGAGCUUAUAAAAAAUAGAAACUAGUUAAAUCAUGGGGAAUUUAACUCUUUAAAUGCCAGUUAAGUGCCCCCUCCCUCACCAUACAUAUAUUUAUAUAUAUUUCAUACACGACACACAAAUUAGAAUUCCUUGAAGAUGAUUAUCACAGUCUUGAAAAGGAUUUUUAUGCAUAAUUUUAUCUCUUGAUUCCAAGAUUGUGAUACAUUUCUACAAAAUGCCCCUGUAUGAAACCAGGACAAAAGCAUUCAGUUUACUAUGAUGGCUGGGGUAUCAAUAAUUGUGGUUUUAAUGGGUUCAAAUGAAACUUUUGGUCACCAACAGGCUAAAUGUGUAGAAAAAGUUAUUUUUGACUCGUUACAGGUUGUGACAUCAAAAUUCUCAAAAUCUAUUGAAAAGAAAUGGACCCUCUAAAAUGCAUUAACUCGGUCAAAAUAAUCAACAAAAGAAAACAAAGAUUAAAAAAAAAAAAAAAAAGGCCUAAACAUCCUCUGUGGGUUAAUUUCAGAUAUAUCAAUGUUCUAGCCUAAUAAGUUUAGAUCAAAGUUAUAUUUUUGUCAUUUAUGAAGUUAUAGAUGAUGAUAAUGUCUAUUUAAGAUUAUCCUACAACUCUAACCCUCAGGCAGUGAGAGUAAAAUGAAUGUGGCCCUCUUAUUCAUUGAAGUUACUCAUCCCUGAUCCUGACUAACACCUGCUCAAGCUUCUUUUGAUCCUGUGUCUGAAAACUAAAGUCCACAUGCUCUGUCAUUUCUGAAAACAUCAUCAAACAAGAUUGUGAAUACCAUCAGAGGGGGCAUUAAUGUUGUCUUUUCCUUUGGACAUGGCACACAUGACCCCAUUUAAAGGCACCAAACAUUUAUAAACUCACUCAGUUGUUUGGUUGUAGUGGUGGAAUUCUGGGAAAUGAAGUUUGAUUGUUGAUCUGACUGGAGGUUAAUGUUAGUGCCACUAUUUUUAGUAUUUCAGGUUUUCCGUAUGAGAUUAAAGAUGUUGUCUGCAGGAUUACUCUGAGGCAGAAUCAU